AUGAUUAAAGCUGAGAAGCAGAGAGAAAGAAAACGAAAUUUUGACGAUGAUCUUGAAAAGGAGAAAGAUCGGCAGAGAAAAACAAUGAUAAAUAAUGUCAUUCAAGAAUUCCAAAAACAUUUGCAAUUCUACAACUCUCAUUUAGACGCUUAUAAAAUCGUCAUUGAAAAACACCGAAUCAUUCGGAAUCACGUUUAUCAACUUGAAAAUGAUUUAAGAGCGAUCAAAUUUGAUAAAAAAAAACUUCCCUAUGAACAUAAUCAAGAGGUGGAUAAGCUUGUUAAAGACGUAUCAUCAUACGACAUAGCGCUGCACGAGUUGAACGAAAAAAUUCGUGCUGCCAACGCGAAUCGAAUAAGCAGUGUGGUAAUUGCGAAACGCGAAAUGAAAACGUUCAAUCUCCAAUAUGCAAAACUCCUGUCUCAAACCGCCAGGCUUCAAGCAUCCCUUUGCACAUUGGCCAAUCAAGCGAUCCGUCGAAAAAUCAAACUUCCUCCUUGUAUCCUGGAAAGGAUUUGCGAGAAGAAUAAGGAGUGCUUAUGCUUUAGAGCAUUUGAAAGUAGAGACAUUCUGCCAAAUUAA